UAGAAUCGAAUUCCAUUAUUAGAACUAGAAAUAAAGAAUUAUUCAUUCGCAAAAAUAAGCUCGUUUCAAAUUGAAUUGAUAUUGAUCGAUUGCAUUACGAUCAUAAAAUUCUGCACAGCGCAUAGAUGAGUAAACCUAUUUCGCUUAUUUGCGUUCUAAUAUAAGCGAAUACACGUGGAAGGAGAAGGGACAAUCGUCACUGUUUCUAGAAAACAGCAUUAGAGUAGUACAUUAGAAAUGUUAUAGAGUAAUAAGCUCCAUUGCUUCUGGUUAGAUGCAAUAUGGCGGAGAAUUGUGUUUACUGUACGCUUUAUCCCAUAAUCUCUAUUUCUAUAGUUUUUGGCGAUAUUUUUUACAAACGCUGCGAUUGUCGCCAGUUGAACGCCAGACAAUCAAAAAUAAUAGAAUUUUACAGGAAAUACAUUCUGAUAUUGUUGGUUUUUCAAACAAUUGUAUUUGUCCUUCAGAGUCUUGCAACUAAAGAGAAUGUUGUAUUCUGUAGUCCUAUUGAUAGAUAUAACGGUGAAGAAAUGCAUCCUUUUCUGAAAAUGGCCAUUUAUUUCAUUAAUAUUGGUUGCAUUCUUUGCAUACAUAUGGGUAGGAAAAAAAUAAGCUUUGACAUGAAAAUAUCGAGUUACACCGGCGAGAAGGAAAAAUUGUUUCGGUAUCAAUUGGUAAUGUUAGGAGUUUUCGGUGUUUAUUUUCUGUUAAAUUUUAUUGCUUACGCUUUGAUUUCCUCGCUUGUUUUCUUUCCGGUACUAGAGAAGGAUUCGAGUUCUUUUCGAGCACUUUUUUGCUCUCUUUCGUUUACUCUAAUUGGUAAUUACGUAAUUGCAUUUUAUUUAUGGAUUAUACCGGCAUCGUUAACGGUAGGCCUUCUGAUACUGGAGAGAUUCAAAGAGUUAGCGAAACAAUUCCAAUUAACCAGAAAUAGAUGCGCAAAGUCUGAUGUGGACGAAAUCAUCUGGAAGCAUGCAGAGAUUUAUGAUCUAAUAAAUCAGAUGAAUAAUAAAUGGAAGGAGCUAUUUUUCGUUUUAUUUGGCAUAGUAAUUUAUAUCUUAGCCUUACUUAUCUACCAUUCUUUUUUCGUUGAACUGGAUAUAAUUUUUCGGCUAUUAUUAUGUUUCGCCACCGUCGUUUGCAUUAUUCUAGCAUUGUUGUUUUCUUUUGCUGUUUCCCGUAUUUCGGCAUGCGUUUAUGAUUCUUUUCAAGAAAUAAGAAUCUUCGCUUCCGCUCGUUUGGCGGUAGAAGACAAAAUAAAAAUGUUGGAUUUCAUGAAAAAAUUUCGAGAAAACGAACUGGGAUUUAGUUGCGGUGGUUAUUUCGUUGUGUCGAAGGGAUGUCCGGUAAAGGUGUACAGUUCGCUCUACUCCGCCUUCAACGUUCUGUUGCAAGUUCGGGACAUUUUGAAAGGCGGAGAUAACAAGUGCAUUUCUUUCGUUGCGCACAUUUUAAAUUUAUCUCGAAAUUCCACUUUGUUGCAAAAAUAAUCG